AUGGAGCCCAAGUUGUCUGAGCAUUUCAGUUACUCGAAAUCCUCGUUUCAACACCUUGGAAGCUUGAAGAACAUGUGGAACGAACUAGAUUUGUACCGCCCACACAUCACUAAUUCCACUGUGCUUUUGAAGAGAGCUGAUGAAGACAAGGUUUUCCAAAUCUUGGCUAGUUUGGGACCAGAGUAUGAAGAUCUCCGCAGCCACCUUUUAAUGACUCCUGAGCUACCAUCUUUUGCAAGUGUGUGUCAAGCUGUGCAAAGAGAAAAAACCCGCAAGAAAGUGAUGAAUGUCAAAAUCAAGACCAACUCAGAUUGGAAGAGUACUUACUGCAAUGGUGGUGCUCAUUUAAGGGAGAAGUGUUGGAUCCUACAUCCUGAAUUAAGACCUAAGUUUGAAAACAGGUCACCUAGAUAUGUAAGAGGUUUACUCAAUCACUCACAAACUCAUGCUCCAAAGGCCUAUCAUGCAACAAGCACAUCUUCUGAUGGACUGGUAAAUUUCACCUCCAACCCUGUUGAUUUAAUAAAUGAGUUUGCUGCUUAUAUACAAAGGAAGAAGGGAAGCAAUGAGAGUGAGGACCAAGCCACUGGAAAUCCACUGCUUUACUUAGGAAAUUUGCUGGAUUCUUGGCCAAUUCAGAAUGUGUACCACAAAAAGACAUCUCAGCUGUUGUCCGUUGGAAAGAUCACAAAAACCUUAAAUUCUCUUGCCAUUUUCUCUCCUCACAAUGUUGUUUUUCAGGACCGAGUCACCAAGAGGAAGAUUGAAGCUAGUGUCGAUCCAGUCUGGCAGGAAGCAAUGCACGAAGAACUCAAGGCCUUGAAUGAUAAUCACACAUGGAGUGUUGUCAAGCUUCCCCAAGGGAAGAAAGCUAUGGAAAGUAGGUGGAUUUACAAGACUAAAUUUCACUCUGAUGGUGCAAUUGAAAGGAACAAGGCCAGACUAGUGGCCAGAGGAUUCACUCAAACAUAUGACAUUGAUUACAAGGAUACAUUUGCUCCAGUUGCCAAGAUGAACACUGUGAGAGUUACUAUCUGUGGCCUUUAA